GGUGAAAUGAUCUUGUGCUGAAGCUGUAAACUGAAGCAUUCAGUAAGUACAUCUCCUCUCGGCAUGGCCACAUCUCCUGCUGUGAUCUGUGGAUUUCUCCUCUCAAUUUGUGUUCAUUUUGUCCCUGCCCAAGACCAAAGUGGAAGUGCAUCCGUCAGACUGCUGGCUGAGGUCGGGAAGGAGCUGCAGCUCUCGUGUGGUCCACCUCAUGAGCAUAAGACACUGACCGUACGAUGGCUGCAGAAAGCGAGUUCCAUGAACAAGUGGGAAGAGAUCACUGGGUUACCUGGAGACGAGGCGCCUGUGGAUGAGGAGAGGUUCAUGGUCCUUGAGAAUGGGAAUCUGGUGAUCACAUCUGUGAAAGUCAAAGAUGAAGGGCUGUUCAAAUGUCAAAUGGGGGAGAAUGCUUUGGAGCACCACUCCAUCAUAAGCGUGGCUGUCUUCAAGAUUCCUACUGAACCUGUGUUGGAUGUGGGCUACCUGACAUUCACAGCUGGAGAACAGUCUGAGAUAGGGACAUGUAUCUCAACAAAUGGCUAUCCUCUCAAUAACAUUAUCUGGUACAAGAAUGGCAGACAGGUGGUUGCCACGGGAAAGGAAGUACAGAUCAAAGUUCAUAACAUAAGGAACCAGAACACCAAGCUUUACACAACCAAGUCAACGCUCUAUUAUGUCCUGAGCAAGAGGGACAUAAACACAGAGUUCUUUUGUGGUGUGUCUUAUCCUUCAGAAGGAAGCUUUAAGAUGCUGAGCUCCAAGCCCAUUCAAGUUGAUGUAUACUAUGCAAUUGAGAACGUUAUGAUAGAGGUGGAGCCCUCCAAUAACGUCAGUGAGGGCGACAGUGUUCGCCUGAAGUGCAUGGCCGACGCCAACCCUUUACCAGAGGAAUACAACUGGGAAAAGGAUGGGAAGUCAAUCAUCAACUCGAAGCAGUUCACGAUCCAGUCUGUGUCCAAAAGUGACGAAGGAUUCUACCAAUGCACCGUCUUCGACUUCAACUUCAAGAUGAAGUCAGCUGUGGAGAUGAUCCAAGUGACGGCAAAAGAGAACAACGAACUGUGGAGUGGAGAACCAGGUUUUCUGAAAACGGAAAAGAGGCAAAACAGAGUCGGGAUGAUUAUUGGGAUCAUCAUGGCAUUCGCACUUGUAACAUUCUUCCUCUCAGUCGCCUAUUACUUCUGCUACUAUGGAAAGAAGGAGGAAAAGAAACCCUUGGAAGAUGUUGAGGAAAUUCCUGUCAUGGAUCCAGAGAAGGACUCAGCUACAGAAGAAAAGGUUGAGGAACCUGUCCUUGCCAAGUAACCUGCAGCAAGAAGCCAAAAUGGAAAUCCUUGCAAAGAUCAAGCAAACUUGUGCACCUUUAUCUCUGAGUUUCAAUUACAGCCAAUGCUUACAACCUUAUCAAUUUCAUAAUCUAUCAAGACUUCAGAUAAUGGAUGUACACUCUCUGCUAUUCCUGGAGAUUUUAUUUAGCUUCCUUUCCUCAGGAAAUAGAGGUUCAAUAUAUAUGUUACUUGCUGCACUUCCAUGUCCUGUGUUGUUCAGCAAAUGGCCUUGACUGAUGUUGGAAACAGUUCCUUUCAAUUUCCUAGACUGCUUAAAUUCCCAUUUCCCAUUAGCCAACUAGUUUGGCACCUACCUUCUCCAACCAGGAUUGAAGAGGAUUGAAGGCCAUACAGGUGACGUAUGAAACUCUCAAGCAAGCUUGACUGGAAAUGGUUUCCUAUAACUAUUCGCUGGCCACCAUGAACUGUACCACUGGCAUAACAGGUGCACAUUCUGCACCAAUAACUGCCCACCUGGCACCUUAAUCUACCAACACCUUUAUAUGGCUUUAUAUUAUUUUUUACAUUCCACCUGUGGUGCGCAAUUUCAAAAAUACCCUUUCGCCUCAGCUAAUUAAUUCCUCACAGACCAACAUGCAUUUGAGUAAGUCAGAUGCUGUUUUGCAGGUCUCACACAGCUGAGGCUGAGUGGGGGUGGAGAACUGCAAGCUACGCUGUGUUUGAUUUACAAUGUUUUCCUUUGACUUCCCUCCAGGAAACUCCCUCUUUCUCAUUAAAAGUCAUUUCUUUGACCAUGCAUGCACUCAAGUUGUAAUGAAAUCCUCUGGUCUAUGGUUUGCCAAUAUAUUAAUGUUUUCAGACAAUAUUAAAGACUGUCAAUA